GAGUUGAACCUCGGGUCAAGGGUGUGACCACAACAAUAACAAUGUUUUACUCUCAAACUUUUUUGGCGCGAAAAGGGCCACUGGGAACGGUGUGGUGUGCUGCUCAUCUUCAACAUCGCCUCAAAAAGUCUCACUACAGUUCCACCGAUAUCCCCUCCACCGUCGAUCGAAUCAUGUUUCCGGAAGUUCCCAUUGCCCUCAGAAUGUCGGGCCACCUUUUAUUAGGUGUUGUUCGGAUAUAUUCAAAGAAAGUGGAUUAUUUGUUCCAGGACUGUAAUGCUGUUUUAAGUGGCUUAAGAAAGGCCUUUGCGUCUAUAGAUCUCAAUUUGCCGGAGGAUGCCAGACAGGCACCGGUUCAAUCUAUCACUUUGCCAGACACGUUUGACCUCGAUACGUUGGAUUUGGACCAUGACAUUUAUGAUGAGGGGUCCCCAGAUAAUCACCUCAAGAGUCGAGAGGAGAUUACGUUAACAGAUCAAAAUCCUAUUGGAAGAGACCCUUAUGUUGCUAUUUCUUUUGAUGAGGAUUUCAUGAUGAUGGAUUCCUCACAUCCAGAAGUGUUUGCUGACUCUGAUGUCAGACUGAUGGAGGGCAUUCUCCCUUCACCUCCGGUGAAUGCUAAUGAUGGAUUUCAACAUCAUAAUCCAAGUAAUCAGAGGGAAGAACUUAACUUGAGGCUUAGCAAUGACAAGAACCCUCAAAGUUAUCCACAUGAUGUGGAAUCUCGAGAUGAGAGUCUAAGUAAUCAGACAGAGAUGCUUGAUAACGAUGCCAAUAUCCCCCAAGAUCUUCCAGAUAGGGAAAUACUACGUGAUUCUGUUCAUGGUUUUGGCUUAGAAAACCUUCCUCCCAUAUUUCCAGAUCAUGGGGAUGACCUAGGCGGAAAGAAAAUAUCCUUAGACCAAACAAUGAACGAGAAGGAAACCUUCCCUCCAAUCAUGGAUGAAAAUUUAUUGUCUGGAGGGCAGUCUUUGCCAUUUCAGCAACAUUCAGAAUCACCACCUUCUGCAGCUUCCCAACAGGCUACCGAGAUUUUUGAUGCACACGUUUCAUUAAGUGUUGGGCUGGGGAUUAUUCUAUCAACUCCACCUGUUAAGCAGCCAAAAGCAAGAAAGAGGAAGAGGAAACAGUUCUUUGAUGAGUCCACAGUGUUGACUAACAAACUUAUGAAGAAGUCUCUUGAAGAUUCUAAUGAUUUAUUGCGGAAGAAAAGGGACGCCCCUUGCUCUGCUUUGGGUAUCUGGAAGUUAAACAACACUUUACGAAAGGAACAAGUUUUUCACCAGCCUUCAUUGACUGGGUUGUGUUUGGAUCUUUGUGAUAUUUUCAAGGACCUCAUAUCUACAAAACCCCAUCUCAUUUUCUCCGAGGAAACUUCUCCAGAUCCUAAAAUUGCAGUAUCCCCUGCUUCAACAAAUGAAGCUUUCCUAGAGCCGAGGGUUUCACAAUCUCCUGCUGCCACAAUCGUAACUGUCCCAGAGUCUAGGGAUGCUCAAUCUCCUUCUCUUGUGCAUGACCUUGACAUGGAAAUUGAACGUCCUCGAAAUAUCGAAGCGUUUGAUGGCGGCAGCUUCUUACCUGAAUUUGUGCCAUCCCAAGCUAGAUUCACGCCUUCUCCUCUUAGAAGAUGUGACUUUACUCCUGCAACAAUCAUUGAGACCAGGGUGUUAUCUACACCCCAUGUAGCAGCAUCCACCGGAACUGGUGGGUCUGAGAAGAGAAGAAUGACGUUUUCAGAGGAGCAUCCAAGUCUAAAGAGCACUGGUCUCUCAGAUAUUCCUGGUUUGAUGAAUUCCGCCGAAGCAGAUGACCUUUACUUUUUGGAAGAAGAUAACAAUACCCCAACAGCAGGAUCGCAAGGAACGGGAAGAAUAGAUUCAUUGUCUGCAAGAACCAGGGCUGUUGCUCAAUAUUUAAAAAGACAUUCUCCUUUCAACGCAAGCUCAGAAGGCCUAUCUGGAGAUCUCAUUUUGAACAAGACUUUAGAAGGAAGGACAAGAAAGCUAUGUGCUCGCAUGUUUUUUGAGAUGCUUGUUUUGAAGAGUUACGGACUUGUCGAUGUUCAACAAGAAGAGCCUUUCAGCGAUAUUCGUUUGAAGUUGACGCCUACACUUUCGAAGACUCAAAUUUGAGUUACAAAGUUGGGCCAUGUGCUUACAUGGCCUUCAUGUAUAAAGAUAAGGAUCUAGCUACUAUAUAUUGUACAUUACAAAUUUUCUACUACCAUCAGCAUUUGAUUUAUUUAUUUAUUUAUUUAUUAUUAUACCGUGUCUGAUUAUGGUGAUUUAUGUGUAUUAUUAUUUGGUGAA